CUGACCGCGGUGUCACUCUUGUGUACUGUGGCGCAGCUACAGGACAUUGUUUGCUCGUAUAGAUUUUUCCCGGUUUCUUGAAAAAUAGCUUUAGAUUUUAAAAAUUUGUAGCAUUCUUUCUCUUCUAGUUUGUUUUUGGAUCUAUUUCGAUUGAAAUUACAUACGCAGACCCUAAAGGCAUCAGUGAGACAGCUCCAUAUCUUGUUAGAUGUUUCUUCCUGUCUCAUUCCACACCUGUGCAUGGCUCUAAAGCGAGGAUGCGCUGCCUGGUGGCAAGAGUCAACCACAAAACGCUGAUAGUUCUCUGUGCAGUGUUUACUCUCGUUACAAUUGUGUUAUGGAGCAAGUGCUCCAGAGAUGUGGCUGUGCAUCCACCAACCAGGCCCCAACCUGAGCCUGCACCCACUACAGAGCAAGAAGAGGACCACGGACAGCUCCCUGAAGUGCCCCAGGUUGCCAUAGAGGUGCAGUAUGAGCAGAUUGACUGCCUCAUUAACGAGGACGUGACGAUCAAAGGGCGACGAGAGGGAAAUGAGGUGUACCUUCCCUUUAGCUGGGUGGAGAAAUACUUUAAUGUGUAUGGACGCCUGGUACAGUAUGAUGGUACAGAGCGCUUUGAGUUCUCGCACAGCUAUUCACGUGUGUAUGCCCAGAGAGAACCCUAUCAUCCUGAUGGAGUCUUUAUGUCAUUUGAAGUCUACAAUGUGGAGGUGAGAGACCGUGUGAAGUGCAUCAGUGGAGUGGAAGGUGUGCCCAUUUCCACACAGUGGGGUUCCCAGGGCUACUUUUACCCAAUCCAGAUAGCUCAGUAUGCACUAAGUCACUACAGUAAGAAUCUUACAGAAAAGCCACCUAGCAUAAAGACAUAUGGGUUCAUGGAUGAGAGAGAAGGGAGUCCCAAUCCCUGGACAGUUACUAAAGGUUGCUCAUUUGCCAAGGUCCAUGACCCAGGUCACACAGCUGCCAUUUACCAGUUCACCACAGCAGAUAAUUCAGAGGGUAUAUCUCUGCUUCUGGAUAACUCAAAGGAUUUUGUCUUGUCCGCUGAUGUGAAGUUCACUUCAAAUGGUAGUGUGUCAGUAGUGUUGGAGACAACAGAAAAGGGACCUCCAUAUAUCAUUCACUACAUCACCAGUUCCCUUCUCAUAUCCUUCAAGGAUAGGGAGGUCAUCUAUGGCAUUGGUCCACAGGCAGCCUGGGGUACCCUGACCCGGGACAUGGUGACUGAUCUUCGUAAGGGAGUGGGUUUGUCUAACACCAAAAUGGUGAAGGCAACUCGGAUAGUACCAAGACGCAUAGUCCAGAUGGUACUGCGUGGCUCAGGUUUCAUCAGCAACAUCACCAUCUCCUCCACAGCUCACAUGUCUGCCUUCUUUGCUGCUAGUGAUUGGCUCCUACGCACCCAGGAUGAACGUGGUGGUUGGCCCAUCAGAGUGGCCCAUAAGUUAGGGGAAGGAUUUAGGACACUGGAGUCUGGCUGGUACUCUGCCAUGGCCCAGGGACAGGCCAUGUCCACGCUUGUGAGGGCAUACCUCGUCACACAUGACCUUGUAUACCUCAGUGCUGCAGUGCGUGCCACUGCACCUUUCAAGCGCAUGUCAGAGCAGCACGGCGUGAAAGCUUUGUUCAUGAACAAGUACGACUGGUAUGAAGAGUAUCCCACAACACCCAGCUCCUUCGUUCUUAACGGCUUCAUAUACUCGCUGAUCGGACUGUACGAUGUGGCCGAAAUAGCAGGGGACAAACUGGGCCGAGAGGCAGGUGUACUGUUUAGCCGAGGAUUAGAGUCCCUGAAAGCCAUGCUACCACUGUUUGAUACAGGUUCUGGAACUGUCUAUGACCUGAGGCAUUUCACGUUGGGUGUGGCACCAAAUCUGGCACGUUGGGACUACCACACCACUCACAUAAACCAGCUGCAGCUGCUGUCCUCUAUAGACAGUAGUCCCAUUUUCAGAGAGUACGCAAAACGCUGGAAAAGCUACCUGAAAGGGGGUCGGGCCAAGCACAACUAGAAAUUGCUUAUAAGACUGAAUCAUUAAAGCAGUGUAUACUGAUGAAAAUGAAGGAUUUACACAUUUUCACUGAGGACAGUUAUCUAGUAGUUAAGCUAUGUUCCUCUCAAACAUACAUUCACACAUUGUGAAGUUAGAAAACACCAUUUUAGCAGCAAUUUUCUUUCAUACUGUACUUCCAAUACAGUGGUAACAAUGCAGAUAUUUACAUGCACUUUAACACAAGCAAAUUCAACAUUGCCUAUUGUGAUUUAUUCAAAUAUUGUUUGUUAUUGUCAGAAGCAAAUAUUAUAAUUGGUGAUGUACAAUACUAGGAAAUGUACUAGAGAAAAACUAAGAAAUGAUGAACAGUACAUUGGAUCGCUUCAUGAAGACAAAGCUUUUUAAAUUGUGCAAUAAUUUCAAACUGUGUAACCUAUAUGUUUUAUUUAUAGUUUAAAAAGUCAGUUCUGAAACUUACAAUAAUUUAUUUCUUUUAGGUGUAAAAAUGGCAGUGAAGGUGAGCUUUCUUCGUUUGUAUAAACAUAUACGGUAUAUUGAAGUUUGAAUAUUGUUCUGCAGCUUGUGUAACAGACCUUUCUGAGUACAUAUGUACUAGGUUUUUUAAUACAAGCAGUUUUAAAGUUAAAAUAAAUGUAUUUAGACAUAAAUGUACAUUUUUGUCAGUCAUCUUACAACUAUUUUAAUCCUUCUGACACAUAAAUACUAAUACGUUGAUAGAAGGGUAUCCCAUACAGUGUGUACUCUUGGCUUGAGACAAAUGUUGAGACGGAUGUACCGUGAGCCUGCCCAGGUAAAGAAGUUACUGAAGAUGGAUGGAUGGUUGAAUGAAUAAAUGAAUGCUGGUGAAACUAUA